UGUGACCAAACAAGUUAAGUUGGACAAGAGUCUCCUUGGAUUAAAAUUCUUAGUAGCUCAAACAGCUUCCUCCAUGGAAGCAAUAUUUUGCAUCUAAUGGAUAUUUAAGGGAGAGUGUGAAUAUUUUGAGAAGUCAAAAAUAGCAUUUGCUAUACACAUGGGUUGAGUCUGAAACUAUGAACCCGAAUUUAAGGGACUAUGGCUACUUACUUGAUAACUUUGUGCCGUGGUUGUUUAUUGUUCCCUUUCAAAAGCAUUCAUUCUCGGAUCAAACUUGUUUUUAAUUUUUUUUUACGUCUUUGCCUUCCUUGUUGACAUGAGCGAGUGAUGAGUUUGGGUUAAGCAACCAAGUGUCUUCUUGGGUUUGUUACCAUGUUUUUCUGGUACAGCCUAAAAAAAUGGGAAAAAUUACAACUGAUUUUGUCAAACUUUUUUGAAGCAAGGUUUUAUUAAUUAGUCAGCAAUCUAUGUGGAACUUAAUUAGCACCCUUGAAUUCUUAGAAAUCUACUUUAUAAAAGACUUGGUUUCAUUUACUCGGGACUAAUUAAGAGCCUGUAUUCACAUGAGAAAAAAAAUAAAACCAUAUUAAAAUUACAAGAAAUAAAGAUUGAGUUUAACUUUGAUACAUGGAUACUGUGAAGACUUUUAUAUUAAUCAAUAAUCAUAUCAUAUGUGACAGUUCAUAAAUAAAUGGCUAUUUUUUUUAAAGUAUUGAUACAUAUAAGUUCUAAAUAAAUUUAUAAAGAUAUACUUAUGAUAAUCCAUACUUGGAUAAAUCUAAACAAAUACGUUACCUAUAAAAGCAAAACAAAAAAAAACUAACAGACCAAAUCCUACGUUGAAUCAUACAUGCACCUGCUGUAGGCCGUAGCAUUGUUAAGAUUUCACCCUCAAGACACACUUCAACAACAGAAGCAGUGACAGAAAGAGGAGGAGAUGACAGGCUCAGCAGAUCCAUUGGUGAUAUCAUUCGGUGAGAUGCUCAUCGACUUUGUUCCUGACACAUCUGGUGUCUCCUUGGCUGAGUCUUGUGCCUUCAUCAAAGCCCCUGGAGGUGCCCCUGCCAAUGUUGCUUGUGCCAUAUCCAAACUGGGCGGCAAUGCUGCCUUCGUCGGCAAGAUGGGAGAUGAUGAGUUUGGAAGGAUGCUAGUUGACAUUUUGAGAAAAAAUGGGGUGAACACAGAUGGUGUUUGCUUUGAUACGGAGGCAAGAACUGCAUUGGCUUUUGUGACAUUGAGGAAGGAUGGAGAGAGGGAGUUCAUGUUCUAUAGAAACCCCAGUGCAGAUAUGUUGCUGAAAGAGUCUGAAUUGAAUAUGGGUUUGAUUAAGCAGGCUAAGGUAUUUCACUAUGGAUCUAUUAGCCUGAUAUCAGAGCCAUGCAGAUCAGCUCACUUGGCUGCCAUGAAAGUUGCUAGAGAAGGUGGUGCUUUGCUGUCCUAUGAUCCAAAUGUGAGGCUUCCUUUGUGGCCUUCUGAAGAGGCUGCUAGGUCUGGGAUCAAGAGCAUUUGGUUUGAUGCUGACUUCAUCAAGGUGAGUGAUGACGAGGUGCAUUUUCUAACACAAGGUGAUCCUGAGAAGGAAGAUGUUGUCAUGACCCUGUGGCACGACAAGUUGAAGAUGCUUCUUGUGACAGAUGGAGAGAAGGGUUGCAGAUAUUUCACCAAGAACUUCAGAGGAAGGGUUACUGGAUUCUCAGCCAAGGUAGUUGACACAACUGGUGCUGGUGAUUCUUUUGUUGGUGCACUUCUCACUGCUGUGGCAAGGGACCCUAACAUAUUUCAUAACGAACCAAAAUUGAGGGAGGCUUUGACGUUUGCAAAUGCUUGUGGAGCUAUGUGUACAACACAGAAGGGAGCAAUUCCUGCACUUCCAACCGCUGCAGAGGCAGAGAAGUUUAUUUCCAACUCUAAGGCCAAAUAGACUCUCCUUCCAAAUUUGAUAGUCUUUCUGGAAACUACCCAUUCAUUUUCAUUUUAGAGUUUCGUUUUAUAAGCCUUUGAUAACCAAUGACUUGAAAUUGUUGUUUCUGUUUUUGAAUAAUAACCAACUUCUUUUCUCUUUUU